CAGGACGACAAAAGUGCGAACUGCCUUGUCGAGGGGGUGGGCUGGCGAAGGUGCCCAAGACGGGGCAGAACUGGAUGAUCAAGACGACGACGCGUCCUAAAUACCAACGAACCUAACAAGCCUACAACCUCGGUCUCCGAAGCCCGGUUGGAAAAGAAGCCCAACAUCCUGGGCAGGGCAACGCGAAUCUGCCUCAUGGAGAACAUGAAGCCCACUAGCACCGCAGUUCCCUACGACUACUCCGUCCUGGGAAUCAAGGUGGCCCAAAGCUCAAAGCUGAACAGGACAUGACUCGGGUGCACCCACUUAUUUCCCACCUCCACAUGGCCUCUGCCCCCGACAGCUCGGAAGGUGCGGUUCGUCUCCCCGCGUUUUCAUCCUGCAAAGACCCAGCAUACCUCCAUGUUCCCCGAGUGAGCCUGGGGAUCUGCAGUUGACCAGAGCGCCUUGCCGGCACAGACACACAGCCAACGAUACAUGGAGGCCGGCGACGACGACGCCAGGCCGGCCUCUGAGGAAGCCGGCGAUGGGGGCAGCUCUCACGCAGACAUCGCCGCGGCGACCGAGACCCCUACUGCCGGCGACGGACCGCCUCCGACAAAGCGCCGCAAGACCCGGCUCGCCUGCCAGGAGUGUCGAGACCGCAAGGUUCGCUGCGACGGGGCGCGGCCUGUGUGCGGCGCCUGCUUCAGGAAGCGCCUGAGCCCGGAGCAGUGCAUAUUCGUCGACGUCUCGGACCAGCAGACGGCUGAAAUCAGCCCGCUAUACGUCCGGUCGCUCGAGGAGCGCAUCCAAGAACUGGAGCGGGCGGCUCGGGGCCUGGACGGGCCAACGCCGCUGCCGUACCACUUUGGCGGGUCAAACCACCACCCCCCACACCAGGCGUCGCCACGGCAGACAUGCACGGUCCGGCAUUACGACGGGGCUCCACUGGCCAACAAUGCUUCCACGCCUGUUCCUAUUGGAGCUGGUGCCGGUCACGUCGUGGUAGCGUCGCCCAUUGACCAGCACAUGGCGGCUUCGCAGUUGAUACAUAUGCAGCGUCUGGGCCGGCAAGAGCCGACAAGCAAUGGCAACGGCCCCGCGCCAGGCCGCGAAGGCCUAGGGUCGCCGGAACCCGGAAGCGCUAUGGGAGCAACCGAGAGCACGCCCACCGAGUCUGACCGGGCCGUUUUCUUGGGCCGAUCUAGCGCAGCAGCGUUUGUCCGCGAGGUUCGCGAGUCGUCUAGGAGACAUGGGGGCAUGUCCAGCAUUGCGUCAGAAGACGCCAACGGAGCGAGUCCCUCGGAGGGCGGGACUUCAGUACCGUACGGAGCGGCUGCUCCACGAGAGCGCCGUAGGCUAAAGAGAGACCGGGAGGCGCUCGAGGCGCUGAUGGACGAGCUGAUAUUACCGCCACGCUGGGUGGCUGAUACGCACCUCAACAAGUACUGGGAGUCGAUCCAUCCACUAUUCCCAGUGCUGCACAAGGGAUCUUUCAUGGGGUGGUACGAGAGGAUCUGGGGUGACCAAGAGUCGUCGGGAGACGAUACAGUCCACACAAUACGCACCGCUCACGCCCGACUCAACAUAAUGCUAGCGCUGGGCUGCUCGGCCGGCUCGAAACUGGAGCCAGGGCCUUCGUCCAAAAGAAGUGCCCACAUCUUCUACGAGCGCUCCCGGGCCCUCCUCACACAGUCUUCCGUGGACCACGGCUGUUCGAUGCAGCUUGUCCAGGCCCACAUCCUAACCGCCCAGUACCUGCAGACGACGGAUCUAGUCAACGGAUGCUGGGUCGCCAUCGGCACAGCGAUCCGUGCUGCUCAGGGAAUAGGCGUCAGCGAGGACCAUCCCAGGGAGAGCCAAGUUGCGCGGGAGGAGCGGCGACGGACAUGGUGGGGAUGCAUUAUGAUGGAUAGGGUCGCCAGCAUGAUCCUGGGCAGGCCGUCCAUGGUCGCUUGGAAGACGGUUGUUCCCUUGCCCCUACCAGUGGACGACGAGCUCCUCCAGACAACGCCAGGCAGCGGCUCGAUUCAGCCCAACAUUUCCCCUGCGCGGAAAUCGCGACUGGAGUUUUACGUCUACACGUUGCAUCUGACCGAGAUACUUAUGACGGUUCUAGAACAGUUUUAUGUCCCACACAUUGACCUUCGGCGGGCCGGCCCCGAAGGAAUCAACAUCCAAGAUCUUCAGCGCCUCCACGAAAUAGACUUCAGCCUGUCUCGCUGGCGCGCGAGUCUGCCCAUCCACCUUCGAGUUUAUUCUAGUGAUAGAUAUAAUGGUGGCGCCUCGGCGGAAUCCGGCUCGCCAUUUGCAAAACAGGCCGUGACGCUUCAUGGAAGGUAUCUCCACCUUCGAAUUCUUCUCUUCCGGCCGACAACAGUCGACCUUUCAUCGGGCGCCUUUCUCCAGGCCGAUGCCGCUGGAAAGGCAACCGAGUUCCAACGUGGCGUUGUCAAGGCGUGCGUCAGCUCCUGCGUCUCGGCCGCCCGCGAGCUGAUCACCCUGGUCUGGAACGGGAUUGAUGAGGGGAAGGACGCCAGAGCGACGCUGCCUUGGUGGUACGCCAUCUUCUAUCUCUACACGGCUGGGACGGUGGUCCUUGCCGUUCUUCUGACGCCGAACCUCAGGCUGGUUUUUUGCCACCUCGAGGCUGCCCCUGGCGCCCCUGGCGCCCACGGAGAUCCCGAGGGAAAUCCCGAGAGCCUUUUACAGGCGUCCUGGUCUACCUGCGUCAAGGCCCUCUCGCUAUACCAGCAGUCCGGCAGUACGUUCGCUAGGCGGUGCCUCUGGAUCCUGCGCGCCAUCUACGACCAGCGCUCGACCCAGUGCGACGUGGCCGCAGAUCGGAGCCCCGAAAUCGCGGCUACAGUCCCCGAGACAGACGCCGCCGCGGCAGAAGCGUCGACGCAUCCGCUGCCCUCGGCCAUGGUCACCCGACCAAGCGCUCGCGCGAACGGGAGCGGCACCAUCACGCCGACCACGUGGCAGGCCCUGGCCAACGCCGCCUUCGAAGGCUCUGGUGCCUUGGGACCCGCGGCGGGCCACCAUACAGGGACGGCAGCAGACGACUUCCUGCUCGACCUCUGCUGGCCUGCCGGAAACAUGGACUGGCUGCACAACCAGCCGGGCGGUUUUGACCAAGGGCCAGCCAGGGUCGAUGGCGUCACCGACGGUGACACAGCGAUGUUAUAAUUAGAGACAUGUAGUCUGCUCCUCAAAGCCCACAUAGCAUGUGAAUAAUCUUUUGGUCUUGCCAUGAUAAUACACAGCAUGUAAAUAAUCCUUUGCAUAAUAAUACACAGCAUGUGA